AUGAAAUUCUACAAAACGAACACCCUGCUGACUUUGCUGUUGCUUGUGUUUGUGAUGGCUGGUCAAGUGCAGGAAAGCAAUGGACAGAUGAGUUGUGGCAGCAGUUACUUCUCGACACUCGUUCAGCUGAUACCUUGCAGGGCCUCGGUGGUUCCAUUUAUACACAUGCCUCCAACUGAGGCUUGCUGUGCUGCCAUUAAAGCUCUAGGCCAGCCUUGUCUGUGUGCACUUUUGAAUGGCCCGGCCAUUUCAGGGGUCGACCGGAACAUGGCCAUGCAGCUUCCUGAUAAGUCAAAUUACGAAGUAAACUGCAAAAAGCAGUGGAACAAGUUCAUGAAUAAGUGUGUGGAGGGCUACUAA